AUGGCUAUGUCGAAGGCAGUCUCGGAACAAGAGCUUGAGGCGAAGGGAAGACAAGAAGCUCAAGAGAGGCACAGGCGUAAACUUGAAGCUGCAAAGUUCUUGAUCAAGCUUGAAUGGCCCUUGGACUCCAUUGAGGCUGUUGCACAGGCAGCCGGUAUCCCAUCACCUGAUGAGGGUGCUAUUUCUGGCCCCUGCUAUUUUCUCGAGAUCAAUGCUAUCAAUAAGGCCACCAUCGAAGCAUACCUCAAGACAAAUCCGAGCCUUACUGGCUUUUCUCCAACCUUCUCCCAUGGAACCCAGCAAGAAAGAGCUUUUCACCUCCCUCACUGCAUCCGACAUUGGGUAUCCAAUCAACGCUACCUCAUCACCGACUAG